CGGAACAAGACGUUUCAGUUCAAUUCCCGGACCAUCUUCACACUGCAUGCGGCAUUUGAAGACCUUUGAGAAAGUGCAGGUCCACGCUGGGAAAAAAACUGGGACAUAGAAUAUUCUACAUUUUACCAUAGUAUACGUAUUGCGUAAAGAAAAUAAUAACACGGCUGGCAGAAAUAUAAAGCAAAUAUGGCUGAAAUAAUCGCCAAAGAUGCAGAGAAACUCUCAAUCGGGGAGCUGUAUGUCUCUGAAAAGGAAGGAAAUGAUCAGGAUGCUGAUGGCACAAAAGAAAAACCUUUUAAAACCGCGCUAAGUGCAUUGAUGUUUUUUGGAAAAGAGCCAUUUCCAACAAUCUAUGUGGACUCUCACACAGAAGGGGAGCGCUGGGCAGUGAUGUCAAAGACUCAAAUGAAAAAUGUAAAGAAACUGUGGACCCGGGAACAGAUGAAAAAUAGUGCAAAAAACAAAAAGGAGGGAGAAGAUGCAGACAGAAGGGAGAAGAACCUGGAAGAAGCUAAGAAGAUCAUCAUUGAUAAUGAUCCCAGUCUUCCAGAACCCAAGAUGGCUAAAAUUUACCAACUGGAGCCUUACAGGGAGCAAAGGGUGAAGGUGUUUGGUUGGGUUCAUAGGCUGCGCAGACAAGGAAAGAAUCUGAUGUUCUUAGUGCUGAGAGAUGGAACUGGUUUCCUUCAGUGUGUCCUCUCUGACCUGCUGUGUCAGACCUACAAUGCCUUGGUCCUGUCCACUGAAAGCACUGUAGCCCUAUACGGAACUUUGAAGCCUGUACCUGAAGGAAAACAGGCCCCGGGGGGUCAUGAGCUUCACUGUGACUUCUGGGAACUGGUUGGCCUGGCGCCAGCAGGGGGAGCCGACAACCUGCUGAACGAGGAGUCUGACGUGGAUGUGCAGCUCAACAACCGGCACAUGAUGAUCCGUGGGGAGAAUGUUUCCAAGAUACUGAGGGUGCGCUCCACUGUCACCCAGUGCUUCAGGGACCAUUUCUUCAGCCGAGGAUACUAUGAGAUUACUCCACCAACACUGGUGCAGACUCAGGUUGAAGGCGGCUCGACUCUUUUCAACCUGAACUACUUUGGGGAGGAGGCGUACCUGACCCAAUCCUCCCAGCUGUAUCUGGAGACCUGCAUUCCUGCACUAGGGGACACCUUCUGCAUCGCCCAGUCCUACCGUGCUGAGCAGUCCCGCACCCGCAGACACCUGUCUGAGUAUACUCAUAUUGAGGCAGAGUGCCCCUUCAUUACAUACGAAGAUCUCCUGAUCCGCCUGGAGGACCUGGUGUGCGAUGUGGUGGAGAGAGUCCUAAAAUCCCCAGCUGCCAGCCUGCUCUAUGACCUCAACCCUGACUUCAAACCUCCUAAGAGGCCAUUCAAGAGGAUGAACUACACUGAGGCGAUCGAUUGGCUGAAAGAACAUGACAUCAAGAAGGAUGAUGGCACCUACUAUGAGUUUGGAGAGGACAUCCCAGAAGCUCCCGAGAGGCUGAUGACCGACACGAUUAAUGAGACUAUCCUGCUGUGCCGUUUUCCUGCGGAGAUCAAGUCCUUCUACAUGCAGCGAUGCCCUGAGGACCGCAGGCUCACUGAAUCGGUUGAUGUGCUGAUGCCAAAUGUUGGAGAGAUCGUUGGAGGGUCAAUGCGUAUCUGGGAUGCAGAAGAACUGCUGGAGGGAUACAAGAGGGAAGGCAUUGAUCCGACUCCAUACUAUUGGUACACAGAUCAGCGCAAGUAUGGGACAUGCCCGCACGGUGGCUAUGGCCUUGGGCUGGAGAGGUUCCUGACCUGGCUCCUGAACAGGCAUCAUAUCCGGGAUGUGUGCCUCUACCCCCGCUUCAUCCAGCGCUGCCGCCCCUGAGCUACCCAGAAAUCUUCCGCAUCGUUGUUAAAAUUGCUAAAAAUGCUAUUAGACCAGUGAGUCUAUUCGCUAGACUGCUUUAAAAAAAACAGUGUCGAAAAUAAAACAUUCUGAAGACGGGUUGAUUUGUCUGUGUUAAGCAGAAUAUCCAUCUACCAAUAAAUCCGCAUAAUUUAUCCGA